UUUGACAUUUUAGUAAAUAGAUUCUUGAAUAUAAUAAUUUUGAAAUAAAAAAUAAAAAUUCUUGAUUGAAUGAUAAGGCGAUGGAAGUAACUAAAGAACCAAGCUUCCAACUCUUGAGUUCCAAAGAUUUCGCGCCUGAUAAAUAUGUAAGGGACUUAUCUCAAAGUUAUGUGGGCGGAUCAGAACUGCAAAAUCUCCGAAAGAAAAUACAGGCUCUAUCAGAGGAAACCAGCAAUAACCUUAAACGAAAUGUCUACCAAAACUACGUGCAGUUUAUAGACACUGCUAAAGAAAUAUCACAUCUUGAAAGUGAAAUGUAUCAAUUAUCACACCUGCUUUCGGAACAAAAAUCUUUGCUCGGUGCCUUAUCUACCACCUCGAUUUUAGAGGACAGCGCCCCUAUAAAUAUUGAAAGGGAAAAUAAAGUGGGUGAGAAAGAUAUAGAGGAAGAGAAUAAACAAAAAAUAGCUGGCAUUUUAGAAAAAGUGGAAGGAUGCAAGGAAUUGUUAGAAGUGCCUGGUCGCACAUUUUUAUAUGAAGGAGAUCUGCUGGAAAUUGACCCGACGGAAAACACGGCCUUAAAAACCGUUCAUGUGUACUUAUUUACGGAUGGAUUUAUGAUUACGACUAGAAAUCCAAACAGUCGUGGUUUGAUGAAAUAUGUUUACGAAGUGAUGUACGAUCUCAGUAGUUUAGCUGUGGUCAAUGUUAGAGACUUGGGGAAUGUAAAACAUGCCUUCAAACUUCUGAUAUUCCCGGACACUCGAGUUUUUCAAUGUUCGUCGAAUUCAAACAAGAAAGAAUGGUUGGACAAGUUUGACCAAGCUAAAAAGACAAGAUUGGCGCAGGAGCAGCAAAAGAGGGAGUCUAUCGUGGAAAAGUCCCCCUCUCGUUCGUUGUCUAUGGAAUCUCCAAGUCUAAAUCCUUUCGAUGAUGCGGAAGAGGAUUCAGGGACGAUACAUCCCGAAUGGUUCAUGGACAUUCCGGAAGAAUUGGAUGUUUGCGUAGCUCAGAGACAUUUCGAAGACGCCCUUACGUUUCUACAGAAAGCCAAGGACUACAUCAGCCAAUUCGUUGCUACAAACACUCAACCGGAUCAAGUUGUGAUCGACAUCCAACGCAAAGUUGAACAGAGGCAAAACAACUUGACGGAAGUCCUGAUGAAGGAGCUGGAAGUAAACCCUGAUAAAUCCUUGCAAGGCGGUCUGAGAGCCGCUAGGAGAGCCGUACGACUUCUCAACCAACUAGGACGAUCCACUCAAUCCUGCGACUUGUUCCUCAAAUUGUGUAGCAGCAUGUUGAAGACGCAGUGUAAGCGGGUCAAGAGAGAGGGCUCCACCACCAUGUACGUGAGACACUUGUCCAGCGUGGUGUUCACUAACAUGUGUCAUAUGUCGGAUGAGUUCCUGAGGGCAUUCCCGGAUUCCCCUAGUUGCGCGUCAGCUUACGUUGUAUGGGCUAGCGGGGAGCUGUCGCUCUUCACCACUCACUUCGCUAAGCAGGUGUUUAUGCCCCAAACGUCUCUCUCCACCAUAACGGAAUGCGUGGUUAUGGUUAGAACGCAGUGCGAAAGGUUAUGCACGUACGGAGUUGAUUUAUGCUACCAGUUAGACGGCGCUCUAAGAUCCCCUCUAACCCGAGGCCUAAGAGAAGCCAGAGAUAAGCUUAUAGAUUCUAUUAAACUGAGAUCGCUCGACGACAAAUGGAUUCCCAUGAAUUUGCACUCAAAAUCGGCCGUGGCGAGGUGCCUCCAGGAACACUCUAACAUGGGCCUGGAGCUGAGUUCUUACAUCACCGGUGAUACCUGGAUACAGCUUACGGCAAGCACUUUAUCUUUCACAAAGAUGUUCUUGACGUUGUUGGAGGACUGCAUGCGGUUGAAAACUACGGAAUUGAUAUUCACCAUCGACGAAACGUUGUACAACGUGUUUGAAGCGCAGAUCAGGCAUACCGAGAAUUCGCUUAGAAACGAGUUGAACCAAGACCAUAGGCAGUUUGUUGUCAGAAAUGCGGAUUUCCUGCUCGACACAGUUAUAAACGUGUCGCAGAAGAAAUACAAGGACGCCGUGGGGUACGAGUGUCCCAGUCUUGCGAAACUUCGGAAAGAAUACUCUGCCAUAACAAGGGGGGUCUCUCCCGCAGUCCGAAGCACCAAAACGAAGUAUUCCUCAGAGUUUUUGUAAAAUACGAGUCGAUUAUAGAAUGUACCAUUAAAUAUUUUGUUACAGUGCUCAGUUUUCCAUGUCGCCUUGUAUUAGCUAAUAAAAAUUGCAAAAAAAAUUGAAAUUUGAAGAUUAUUUGGAAAUU